AUGGCUGACGAGACAGUCUGCUCUCCCCCGAGCAGCUUACGGAUGACAGUUGACCCAUGUACUUCACCUACACAGGCUGACCUCUACAAGGCAGUCAGCCACGGAAAGCCCGACGUGGUGAACACCUUAAUUCGGUCCCGGGCUGAUCCCACACAGCUCGACAAAUUUGGUCGGACGGCUCUCUUUGCAGCAGUCUUGAAUGCACGAACCCUGGCCGAUGGUCCCUCUCUUGAUGAUUCCCUGCGUUGCAUCGACAUCCUCCUGAAGUCCGGAUGCCGAUGUGAUUGGGUGGACGCGGACGGCUUUGACAUUCGGAAGCACCUCCAGCAGCUACUGGAUUCCGUGGACAAGCACCGCUUCAACAUCCCCAAGCAUUUCCUCCCCCUGGACGCUAUGCACGAUAGUGUGCUGCCCUCCGCGAAGGCACCGGAAGAGGUGGCUGCUCUGUGGAGAACCAGCAAACCUUGCGAUGUGGUUCGACUCCUCCACGAGGUGUUGAGCCAGCCGAAGCCGCAAGAGGUCUUGAAGACCAUGGAGCAGCAACGAGGCUUCGCAGAGGGCGCAGGGCUCUGUGACCCGCUUACUGGACGAAGCUCCCUGCAUCUGGCGGCGCUCUAUGGCCACCAGGAGGCUGUGGCGAUGUUGCUGCGACACAGGUGUGACCCUUUGAACACCGACAUCCUUGGCAGAACAGCCCUGCAUAUUGCUGCAGCGCGAGGGCAUGCGGAAUGCAGCAAAGCCAUUCUCCGGCAUUCGUUCCAGGACGGCAACACACGGGCGCUCCUCGCAAAGGAGGACCUCUUUGGCGACACAGCUUUGAUCACAGCGGAGAGGAACGUACAGCAAGAAGUUGCCUCCAUCCUCGAAGAUGCAGAGACUCCCAGUCUUUGGGAGCUCUCUGAAGAGGAGGACCCAAAUGGCAAAGAUGCGAAGGAGAAGCUGCUCCUUGCCAAGCUCGAUGAGGUGUCAUUGACUCUGCAGCACCUGGCCGCUUGCCAUGCCCGGUCCGAGGAGGAGCAAAACUUGAAGGAGGAGAGGCUCUUGACGAGAAUCAAGGCGACGGAGACAGAGAUGGCGACGAAGACGGAGAUGAGGGCACUGGCCAAAGCUCUGCAGGGCAAGAUCAGCAAGGAGGAGGAGAAUGCCAAGCUGUUCAGCCAGCUGGUGGCUUCCCAAGAGGCGCUCAAGGAGGAGCUUGCUACCGCGACGCAGGCGACGGAGACAGAGAUGGCGACGAAGACGGAGAUGAGGGCACUGGCCAAAGCUCUGCAGGGCAAGAUCAGCAAGGAGGAGGAGAAUGCCAAGCUGUUCAGCCAGCUAGUGGCUUCCCAAGAGGCGCUCAAGGAGGAGCUUGCUACCGCGACGCAGGCGACAAACACCGAGAUGGCCACGAAGACGGAGAUGAGGGCCCUGGCCAAAUUUCUGAAGGGCAAGAUCAGCAAGGAGGAGGAGAAUGCCAAAAUGCUCGGCCAGCUGGUGGCUUCCCAAGAGGCCCUCAAGGAGGCAACGAACCACGAGCUCGAGGGCAAGCUGCAGUCCUUCCAGCUGCAGGUGCAGGAGAAACAGUUGGAGCUUGAGACCGUGACGCAGGCGUUGCAGUCAAAAGUGGAAGAUCUACAGAAGCAGGUGAAGGACAAACAGCACGAGCUCAUGAAUGUGUCGAACAGCUUCAAGGAGGCCAAGAUCCAGAUCGAUGGCCUCGAAUCGAAGCUCCUUGCUGCCCAAAGCAAGGCAAGCGACAAAGAGAGUGAGCUCCAAGAGUUUUCCUCCACGAUGCAGAGACUGCAGGCCACGAACCUCGAGCUCGAGUCCAAACUGCAGUCCUCGAGGUUGCAGGUGCAGGAGCAGCAAACCGAGCUUGCUUCCGUGACGCAGGCGCGUGAGGCGUUGCAGUCAAAGGUGGAAGACCUGCAGGCGCAGGUGAAAGAAAGCCAAGCAGAGGUCACGGAAAUGGCGAACGACUUCAAGGAGUCCAAGAUCCACAGUGCGAAACUCCGUCGUCCCGAAAGCAAGGCUGGAAAGGCUGGAAAGCCUGCCCUUCAGUCCCCACCACCGCAAAAACGCAAAGGCGAAGCUUUGGCCUGCGAGCGCGUGUCCAGUCCACGGAUUUCCUCUCCAGAACCUGCACUUCCCUCUCCAGAUCCUGCAUUUCCAGCGAGAGGUCAGAGCGGAACUUCCGACGACGGCAUGAACGGCAGUUCUCCUCCUGUGUACAUUCUUCGAUUCCAUGACCCGAAGACGGGUCGGCCACUACCAGUACAGGGGCCCGAGUAUGCCGCGAAAAUACGACGUCUCAUUGACGAUAAUCUUUCGCCAAGACUCAAUCGAGAGCUGGAAGCUCUAGUGCAAAGAGUGGGCUGA